AUGCAGGCACAGAAGUGCAACGUGGCAGCUGUCACGCCGGUUACAUUACUCAAUUUUGACGUAAUUGGAUGUUUCAGCCCAUUACGCAAAUACUGUGCGCUGGCUCACGUCCUGUUUCGAGUUAGCGACUACUAUCCUCCCAGUGCCAAUGUUCGGGAAAGAACAGCUGCUGUGAUGAUGAUGCAGAGAAAGAAGAGGCCACUGCAGUCGUUAUUCGCAACAGUUUGUUGUUGUUUACAUGCUCUCCUGAAGUGUGAUGCUAGCUGGGGUCGUCGGUUCAAAAACGGUACUUUGAGGUAA